CUGAAGUUCACAGUCAUUUUUGACAAGCUGUUCUAACUGAGCAUUUUAACUGCGGAUUAAAAAAUGUUUCGACAAUGUUUUUUGAUCGUCGUUGUCAUGAUAUUGCAGGAACACGCACUGCUGAAAGGCGCUAGUAUAAGUUCUGGUUAUACAUGCCGUCAUGGCUUUAUCAGGCUUAAUGAAGGCUGUUAUCUAUUUGAGAACACUCACCCUGCUACCUGGACAGAAGCACAAAAUUAUUGCCUGAAUUUUGGUGCUAAACUUGUGAGCGUAGAGUCUGCUGAGGAACAUAGAGCUAUCAGGUCGCAUAUUAUGAAGUAUUCAAGUGCCUUUCCAUUGAAAGGUUUGUGGACCAGUGGUAACGACAUCGUGCACCACGGCCGCUGGGAAUGGGCGUCUACACUGACACCUAUCGGACCGUUUACUGCCUGGGGGACAGGAGAACCAAGCAAGCCUGAUCCCAGAUAUCCAGAACAGCACUGUUUACAGUACUUUACAUACGCUCACUAUGUGUACCAAUGGGAUAAUUUCGAUUGCAGCAAGAAAAUGCAUUUUAUCUGUGAGCAGGGUGCGGAGCCAUCCGUCAUUGGACUUUAAAGUGGCCAAAAAGAGCUAAUCCUUAAUUUUUCCUAUAAGGCUUUUGCGCCCCAAAUCUAAUUUGCCUAAAAAAGCGAAUUUCUCUUCCUCACAAAUUGUUGCACUUGAAUUUGAUGUCCCUUACCAUUUCUCUUUACCGGUAGAAAACUUUGUUCUAGGCGAAUCGUGAUCAAAUCAGAACAUCUUAGUCCUCCUGGUAUUUCAGAGGGGAAAUACCGACUCAU